AUGUUGGACGGCCUGGAAAUGGAGGAGCCGCUGCAGAACGCGCUGGAGCCGCCGCCGCCGCGCCCUGCGCCCUUCUCCGCCCUCCUGGGGGGAGUGGCCCGGCCGCGCUCGGUGUGCGAAGGCUGCCGGGGCGUCAUCGCGGAACGCUUCCUGCUGCGCCUCGACGACCGCCUGUGGCACGAGCGCUGCGUGCGCUGCGUCUCCUGCCAGGAGCCCCUGGAGAGCAGCUGCUUCUACCGCGACCAGAAGCUCUACUGCCGCCGCCACUACGAGAAGCUCUUUGCAGUGAAGUGCAGCAACUGCUUUGAAGCAAUUGCCCCCAGCGAGUUCGUCAUGCGAGCCCAGAAAAGUGUGUACCACGUGGGCUGCUUCUGCUGUUGUGUCUGUGAGAAAAAGCUCCAGAAGGGAGAUGAAUUUGUCCUGAAGGAGGGCCAGCUGCUGUGCAAGAGCGACUAUGAGAAGGAGCGUGAACUGCUCAGCCUAGUGAGCCCAGCUGCAUCUGAUUCUGGUAGAAGUGAUGAUGAAGAAAGCCUGCGCAAAAUUGGAGAAGGCACUGGGAAAAUGUCUGAGGAGACCAAGGAUCAUAAGCGGCCCAAGCGGCCCAGGACAAUCCUAACAACACAGCAACGCCGGGCAUUCAAGGCAUCAUUUGAAGUGUCUUCUAAGCCAUGUAGGAAGGUAAGAGAAACAUUAGCAGCUGAGACGGGGCUCAGUGUCCGAGUUGUACAGGUCUGGUUCCAGAAUCAAAGAGCUAAGAUGAAGAAACUAGCAAGACGACAACAACAGCAACAGCAAGAUCAGCAAAGCACACAGAGGCUUUCUUCUGGUCAGACAAACAAUGUCAACAACACUGGGCUUGAAAGAAUCAUGAACUCAUACACCACCUUGCAACCACCCCAACAAAUGUUGGUUAUUGAUCAAAGUGUCUACAGCUCAGACCCCUUCCGGCAAGGGCUCACUCCACCACAGAUGCCAGGGGACCAUAUGCACCCUUAUGGUUCUGAGCCUCUUUUCUGUGAGAUGGAUAGUGAUGACACCUCCCUCAGCAACCUGGGUGAUUGUUUCUUAGCAACUGUGGAAUCUGGGCCCUUACAAUCAAGGAUGGGAAACCCAAUUGACCACCUGUAUUCAAUGCAGAGCUCCUACUUCACAUCUUGA